GAGAGAGAGAGAGAGAGAGAGAGAGGUGGUGCUGAAUGAACAGCUCCUCUCCUCAUAAAGUCUCCUGCAGCUCCUCUGCUCGGUCAGAUCGUCACAGCCAUGACAGAGCCGAGCUCUCCGUCCUCCAGGCCCCCGCUGACUGCCCUGCUCUCCCCCUGACACCCCCUCAUCCUCCCCCCGCAUCAUGAAGAGGCAGAACGUGCGGACUCUCGCCCUCAUCAUCUGCACUUUGACCUACCUGCUCAUCGGUGCCGCGAUUUUCAACGUGCUGGAGUCCCAAAAGGAGACAGCCCAGAGGAGGAAGGUGGACCUCCGCAGAGAGGAGUUACUCAGGACCUUCAACUUGUCCACGUGGGACUUCGACAAGCUGGAGAAGGUGGUGCUGCAGCUGAAGCCGCACAAAGCCGGCGUGCAGUGGCAGUUCGCCGGCUCCUUUUACUUCGCCAUCACCGUGAUCACCACCAUAGGAUAUGGCCAUGCGGCUCCCAGCACCGAUGGAGGGAAGGUGUUCUGCAUGCUCUAUGCUCUCCUGGGGAUCCCGCUCACCUUGGUCAUGUUCCAGAGUGUUGGCGAGCGGAUCAACACCUUUGUGAGGUACCUGCUCCACCGCCUGAAAAAGUGCCUUGGGAUGAGGCGCACUGAAGUCUCCAUGAUGAACAUGGUGACCAUUGGCUUCAUAUCCUGUAUGAGCACGCUCUGCGUGGGGGCGCUCGCUUUCUCCCACUUUGAGGGUUGGAGCUUCUUCCAAGCCUUCUACUACUGCUUCAUCACGCUCACCACCAUUGGCUUCGGGGACUAUGUGGCCCUGCAGAACGAACACGCUCUGGAGAACAAGCGCGGCUACGUGGCCUUCAGCUUCAUCUACAUCCUGACGGGCCUGGCCGUCAUUGGCGCCUUCCUCAAUCUGGCCGUGUUGCGCUUCAUGACCAUGAACUCCGAGGAUGAGAAGAGAGACGCUGAGCAACGCGCUCUCCUUGCACAUAACGGGCAAGCGGGUGGACACCAGAAUUGCUCUGUAGACCCAACCUCCGUUCCGUCCACGCCAUCGGGGUGUGGUAGAGGGAGCGCGGUUGGAGGGAGCGGGGGAGGACCUGCGAGUCGGGGUCUACGAAAUGUUUACGCUGAGGUUCUCCACUUCCAGUCCAUGUGCUCCUGCCUUUGGUACAAGAGUAGAGAGAAGCUGCAGUACUCCAUACCUAUGAUCAUCCCGCGUGAUCUCUCCACGUCGGACACCUACAUGGAGCAGGGGGAGGCGUUUUCCAACCCCCUUCAUUCAAACGGCUGCAUGUGCAGCCUGCAGCCCCACUCGGGCAUCAGCUCCAUGUCCACUGGACUACACACCAUCAACACCUACAAGAGACUCAAACGCCGCAGCUCCAUCUAGACCCUGUGAGGAGUUCAUGAUAUGGGUUAAGUCCC